AAUUGACCCCCUAUGAUUGGAAACACAUGUAAAAGAUUUACAGCCGUCCGAAAGUGGCGCCCCUUACAGCGCAGGCGCGGCCGUUCAGGCGCACUACGGCUAGCCAAAGUAGCAGGAGCAGCAGUAGCAACGAUGGCAGACGAAAAGCCUAAGGAAGGAGUAAAGACGGAGAACAAUGAACACAUCAACCUGAAGGUGGCAGGGCAGGAUGGCUCAGUAGUGCAGUUCAAGAUCAAAAGGCACACUCCUCUCAGCAAGCUGAUGAAAGCUUACUGCGAACGGCAGGGUCUGUCAAUGAGGCAAAUAAGAUUUCGAUUUGACGGUCAGCCUAUUAAUGAAACGGACACACCUUCACAGCUAGAAAUGGAAGAUGAAGAUACAAUUGAUGUGUUCCAACAACAAACUGGAGGAUCGGCUCUUUAAAGACUGUUUCCUGUGAACAUCCCUACCUCCCUUUUUGUUCUUAAACACCUUUGUUAUACCCAGUCUUCAUAUGCUCAUCACCAGUGUUCAAAUCAUCCAUUGGGAUACUUGUACAAAAUGCUGAAAGGCAGCAGGGAGAGUUGACAUAGAGGUGUAUCACACUGACACUUAAAAUGUUGGCAUGUCUCAACUGCGGUGUGGAGAUAUUGAAACUUGUCAAGUGUUUUAUUUUUGUUUUUCCCAAGAGCUGGAAAAUAAGGUCAUUGUUCUUGGGUUUUUUAUACGUUUACCAAUAUGGGUUUUAAAUUGGAUAGAAUUUUGUUGAGUAAGCUUGUGUUAUAAGCUGAGAUUUGUUUUAAAAUGUGUAUUGAAAUAAAUUCUCUUUUUAAUAAAAAAAAAAAAAGUUUGGUGUUCAGCUUGAA